CCUACUUUGCACGAUGACAGUAGCGCACCAACACAUUGCACUAGUUCCAGCCUUCGGUAAAUUAGCUUGACAUGCUUUUACAGCUCGUUAUUAUUUGACUAGUCACGUUCGAUAUUUCGUCGUUAGUAGCUACGCCUCGUUCACAUUUAUCAAUAGGAUAGUUAUGGAGAUUUAUAUGGAGUCCUCACCGGACCCUGCUGCCAGUGACGCGGGAAACAGCGUCUCUAAACCGGCUACUCCAGUCAUGGACACGCCGGCGAAUCUGGAGACCCUCCAAACGGACCACCACCACCAAACCCCUGUUAGAGGACAGAGUCGUUCCGGCUCCAACAAAGGGUCGUCAGCAGCGAAGAAGACACAUACAUCUCAAAUUGAAAUUAUUCCUUGCAAGAUAUGUGGAGAUAAGUCGUCAGGUAUCCACUACGGCGUGAUCACCUGCGAAGGCUGCAAGGGUUUCUUCAGGAGGAGCCAGCAGAGUAAUGCAGGGUACUCCUGCCCUCGUCAGAAGAACUGUUUGAUUGACAGGACCAGCAGAAACCGCUGCCAACACUGUAGACUGCAGAAAUGCCUGACCGUGGGCAUGUCACGGGACGCGGUGAAGUUUGGCCGUAUGUCCAAGAAGCAGAGAGACAGCCUGUAUGCUGAGGUCCAGAAGCACCGUCUCCAGCAGGCCCAGCAGCUGCAGAGAGACCACCAUCCCCAGAACCCGGAGGAGGUCGAGCCUCUCUCUCCCCACUAUGGCCUCACCGACCUCCAUGAAGACCUGGAGGUUGGGUACAUGGAGGAAAACAGCCCUGGGGGGGGUAACGGCCCAGCCUCCAAGGGGGGCUCUGAGUCGGGAGGAGUGGGGGGGUUCUACCUGGACAUUCAGCCGUCUCCUGAUCAGUCUGGUCUGGAUAUUAACGGUAUAAAACCGGAGCCUCUUUGUGAUUAUGGUUCCAACCAGGGUUUCUUCCCCUACUGUUCCUUCACCAACGGAGAGACGUCUCCCACAGUAUCUAUGGCUGAGCUAGGUGAGUGGAGAGAGGGGGAGGGAGGGAGAGAGGGAGAGACGUCUCCCACAGUAUCUAUGGCUGAGCUAGAACACCUAGGCCAGAACAUCUCCAAGUCCCACCAGGAGACGUGUCAGUACCUGAGGGAGGAGCUACAGAGCAUGACCUGGCAGGCCUUCCUCCAGGAGGAGAUAGAGACCUACCAGACGAAGCCGGAGGAGGUGAUGUGGCAGCUGUGUGCCAUCAAGAUAACGGAGGCCAUCCAGUACGUGGUGGAGUUCGCCAAGCGCAUCGACGGCUUCAUGGAGCUCUGUCAGAACGACCAGAUAGUGUUGCUCAAAGCAGGGUCUCUUGAGGUGGUGUUCAUCAGGAUGUGUCGUGCCUUUGACUCUCAGAACAGCACCGUCUACUUUGAUGGGAAGUACGCUGGGACCGACGUCUUCAAAGCGUUAGGUUGUGAUGAUCUGAUUCGCUUAGUCUUUGAGUUUGGGAAGAGUAUGUCUGUCAUCCAUCUCUCUGAGGAGGAGAUCGCUCUCUUCUCAGCGUACGUCCUGAUGUCUGCAGAUCGGACGUGGCUUCAAGAGAAGGUGAAGGUAGAGAAGCUGCAACAGAAGAUCCAGCUGGCUCUCCAACAUGUCCUUCAGAAGAACGGCAGAGAGGACGUGGUUCUCACUAAGUUGAUAUGCAAAGUGUCGACCCUGCGGGCGUUAGUCAGCCGGCAUACAGAGAAGCUGACGGCCUUCAAAGCAACCUACCCAGACAUUGUCCAAGCCCACUUCCCUCCACUAUACAGGGAGCUGUUUGGCUCAGACUUUGAACAGGGCUCCAUGUCCAUAGACGGCUAGCCGAGGACCCCGUCGGUAACCUACCGUAUGGUAUCUGCCCUGUACUGUAGUUUACGUCAUGGAGCCAGCGUUGAUCUUUGGGAGACAGAGAGACAUGUUGAGUUAGGGUCCUGGCCCUAACUUGCUCUUACCUGGACAGACACCCGACAUUUCUCUGUUCAUGUUCAUCUGUCUUCUCCUCUGUGUCCUCCUGGAUCAUGAGUUGGUUGGGAGGUUUCUUGGGAGGAAAAAAACAUUCAAGCACUUAGAAAACCAACGGCCUUUCCUCUCACAACAACAAACCUAUUGCGAUGGGGAGAGGAUUUAGUCACAACACCUACCUGUGGACAACGAUGUGAUGGGGAGUGGAUUUAUUCACAACACCUACCUGUGGACAAUGAUGGGAUGGGGAGAGGAUUUAGUCACAACACUUACCUAUGGACAACGGUGUGAUGGGGAGAGGAUUUAGUCACAACACCUACCUGUGGACAACGAUGUGAUGGGGAGAGGAUUUAGUCACAACCCUUACCUGUGGACAACGGUGUGAUGGGGAGAGGAUUUAGUGACAACACUUACCUAUGGGCAACGAUGGGAUGGGGAGAGGAUUUAGUCACAACCCUUACCUAUGGACAACGAUGUGAUGUGGAGGUGGUGUGGAGUACUGCACCCCUUCGGUUAACAUCACCUUCAAAGCCAUCUGCUAUUCAACCUUCACAACAGGAAGAGGAGUGGAAGUCACCACCACAGCAAUAACAGGGUUCUGUCCCAAAGUGCACCCUAUUCCCUACGCAGUGCACUACUUUUAAGAAGGGGAUCUGGUUAAAAGUAGUGCCCUAUAUAGGGAAUAGGGUGCCAUUUGGGAUGCAGUUCAAGGUGUCCCAUUCCACCUCUUUCCAAUGUCCUACAGGGUGUUACCGUGCUCAUAAUAAGUACAUACUAUAUUGAGAAAUGAAUCGAUGUUUUACAAUCUAUUUGUGUUGUAGCUUGUAUCUCUCCCCUUUGUUCCAAUUGAUGAGCCCCUUUUACUGACACCUGUGUCUGAGUUAAUGAAUGAAUCGUGUAUUGGCCACACCUGUCUUUGAGUUAAUGAAUGAAUCGUGUAUUGGCCACACCUGUCUUUGAGUUAAUGAAUGAAUCGUGUAUUGGCCACACCUGUCUUUGAGUUAAUGAAUGAAUCGUGUAUUGGCCACACCUGUCUUUGAGUUAAUGAAUGAAUCGUGUAUUGUCCACACCUGUCUCUGAGUUAAUGAAUGAAUAGUGUAUUGGCCACACCUGUCUUUGAGUUAAUGAAUGAAUCGUGUAUUGUCCACACCUGUGUCUGAGUUAAUGAAUGAAUCGUGUAUUGUCCACACCUGUCUCUGAGUUAAUGAAUGAAUAGUGUAUUGGCCACACCUGUCUCUGAGUUAAUGAAUGAAUAGUGUAUUGGCCACACCUGUCUUUGAGUUAAUGAAUGAAUCGUGUAUUGUCCACACCUGUGUCUGAGUUAAUGAAUGAAUCGUGUAUUGUCCACACCUGUCUCUGAGUUAAUGAAUGCAUCGUGUAUUGUCCACACCUGUGUCUGAGUUAAUGAAUGAAUCGUGUAUUGUC